AUGUAUGUGAAAUGGUUUGGUACAGUAAUGUUUUACUAUGUGAUUUUAGUGUAUUUAGUGAAUGUCACUUUUUGUCAUUUUCAAAUUUCCCGCCGUUCCGUCCCCCGUACGUCCCGACGCUCGCAGGGGACGGAACCCAGAAGAUAGAUGCCGGCAUCCGCUGGGGACACUGCAGGAGGGACAUCGCGGGAGCGCAGGACAAGGUAAGUGACCAAGGGAUCCCGGAGCAGCGCCGCAUGGUAAGCCCGAGUGUAGCUCGGGGUUACCGCUUGUGCUACACUCGGAAUACCGCCAGGGAGGCU